AUGAAUAGCAGCUCGUGGCUUCAACAGUUUAAUCCGCCCCUGCGUUCUCUUUUGUUCUUUGAUCUCUAUCAAGAGCAUCCUACGGUAGAGCAAAUGAUACCAACUUUGUGCGCAAGAUUCAGGUUUUUAAGAGUGCUCGAGUUUGGAUGUUUCAAUGGAAGAUCAGGGUGGACCUUACCCAAAGAUAUAGAUAAGUUGAUUCUCUUGAAGUAUUUGGGAUUAAGAGAUACACUGGUUCAAAGUAUUCCACCAUCAAUUCUCAACUUGUCGAAUCUAGAAACUCUUGACUUACUCGAUCAGACGAGGUCUGGUGUCACUCUACCAACUGAAAUUUGCAAGUUGCAAAAUCUGAGACAUCUAAUUGGGAAUUUUGGAGGGCAAUAUUUCCGGAUAGACAAUAUGAAAAACCUUCAGACUUUGAAGUGUAUAGGCGAUGACACUUGGACUAAAACCAAUCCAGAAAAAUUGGUUAAUCUUCGCGAGCUGCAUGUGUCUUUUUACCGUGAAAGACAGGACGAGAUCACUUUUGAUUCUUUUGCCAAACUGAAAAACCUUCGAAUUUUGUCGGUUAUAUUAUCAAGAAAUGACUUUUUUGCUUCACUGCAACCACUCUCUCAUUGCCGACAUCUCCUACACUUGAGCUUAAAUGGGAAGAUGGAGAAACUACCAGAAGAAAUGCCCGUACUUUUGCCAAAUCUCGAACGCCUAUCGAUGUGGAGCUCCAAGCUUGUAGAUGACCCGAUGCCUACAUUAGAGAAGAUGCUGAACCUCACAGUACUUGAUAUAUGGAACGAUUGUUAUUUGGGAAAGAAACUAGUAUGCACAGCAAAGGGUUUUCCUCGGCUUGAAAUUCUUCUUGUUGAUGCAAAAGAUUUAGAGGAGUGGCAAGUAGAGGACGGUGCUAUGCCUGUGCUUAGAGGUUUAAAUAUAAAUAACAACUCCAGAUUCAGAAUUCCAGAAAGAUUGAGAUCAAUCCCUCGCCCAGAUGAAUGGGAAUCCUAUAAAAGUUACGACGGCGACUCGAGAUAA